GCGGGGUUAUAUUGUUACUGCCCUGUGGGCGGUGCUAAAGAGCAAUAAUAUUUCAUAACAUGUUGAAGGAACACUCCUAAAGAUUGUCUUCAUUUUAUGGAUAAGUGAAACCGAAACUGUUCCUCAAGAUGGCUGCAGCUCUGGCUGACAGAGCAAUUGGAGCUAUCAUAGGUUCGGCUGUUGCAGAUGCAGCAGCGCAGCCACUCCACUGGGUGUACGACCUCCAGAAACUGAAAGGGAUUCUGGCUAAGGAUCCAAACCCUGAGUUCCACUCUGAGUCAGCCAAUCCCUUUUACAGGAGGCAGACAGGCCAGCAGAGCUGCUAUGGAGACCAGGCCUUUGUCCUCCUGGAGUCCUUGUCUGAAUGUGGAGGUCUAAAUGUUGACGAUCUGAAGCAGCGCACACUGAAAUUCUUUGGGCCAGGAUCAGAGUAUGACACGCCUGUCAAUGAUCCUUACAGAGAGAAAGGAGGGCCAAGACCUCAGCUGCCAAUCGAGGGACCAUGGAGACAUGCGAGUUUAAAGGGCUUCCUGAAGAAUAUGGAUGCAGGCAAAGAGGAGACAGGCUGUGAGAACGACUGUCAGAUUGAUGGAGUAGCCAAAUUGGCUCCUAUAGUGGCUUUUUAUGCAGGAAAGCCUGACAUGCUGGAAAAGGUUGAGCAGGCAGUCCGUGUCACCCAGAACAAUGAUGCAUGUGUGGCAGAGACUCUAGCAGCAGCAAGGUUCCUGGAGCAUUUCAUCCUGAAUGGUCCUGACCCAAAAGCCUUGGACACGGUGGUCGAUCAGCUCAGUGACCCGAACAGAAAGCAGCCCCAGGAUCUGGAUAAAGCAGUCACUGGGCACCUUCGUCAGGUGAAGGAGAAUUUAUCAAAGACUCCUCAGGAGCUAAUCCCUGCUGUGUUUCCAAAUACCUGAGGUUUGCCAGGUGCGUUCCAAGCAGCGCUGCAUGGAGUCCUGACAGCCAAGCACUACGAGCAGGCUAUCAGAGAUACCAUGAGCUGUGGGGGAUGCACCUGUAGCAGAGGGUCCUUCAUCGGAGCCUGUCUUGGGGCUCAGAUUGGACUUGAGGGAAUUCCAGCCUCCUGGACGUCCAAAACCCUGCGUUAUGAGUCAGUGUUGGAGCAUGCCAAGAAGAUAACCAAACACCACCAAUAGUAACUCUUUUUUUAAGCAGUGUAAUGUGUUUUUCAGUCUGAGGUGGCUGAGAACAAAUGAAAAACUGUUCAGCUUUCACAGAACAGUGAAUGAAGGUUCUUGUCUAAACUGUUGGAUGGCAGGAGCCAGAUGUUUUUGUCUCUGUUAAAGUUAAACAUGUUUGUUCAGGUGUUCAGUGACUGAGUUUUUCUGCAAUAAAGUACUUCUGAAAAAAAACCCAAAAAAAACCAUAUAGAACAUUUUGUGCAACUUGUGUCAACCAGUGAUGGUAAAGCUCAUUAUUAUGAAGAUACUUAAUUAAAAAUAAAGCACUAACGUAUUCAUUCAAAUAAUAUUCAUAUCCCGAGUCCCUGAAAGACUGGUGAGAGAUGUACUGUGCUGCCAUAGCUAUAUUGAUAUUGUAUAUUAACUCCUGUGUGUUUAGUCAUGGAUUGAUGGAUUUAAGUUAAGGGGAUUCUAAUAACAGAGGACAACUUAAAAGUUUUGUUGCCUUUUUUCAAAUGGGGUUCUCAAAUAUGUUUUCAUUAGAUAUCACUAUUAUGUUGACUGACAGUAAUUUACAAUUUGUACUUAUUACUUGUAGGGGCCAAAGACCAGUCAAGACCACCUCAAAAACGAGUCUUUGUGGUAUUUGAAAGACAUGAUGAGACAUGGAUUGUAAUGGUGAUUUGGGGGGGUUAGUCAAAGAAACUAUGUUCCAAUUAUAUUUCUCUGCAAGUAAACUUGUGGAUAUAUAUUUAAUGGACAUUAAGUACUGUUGUGGGUACCUUUUCCGUGUUUUAUUGUGUACACAAUACAAUAGGUAAAAUUAUCUUAUUUGUGAUGAUUGAUUUUUUGCUUGGACAGUAGGUCAAAUUCCAAGCCCAUUUUUUUUACUUGUAUGUUUUUAUACAUUUAUUCAAAUUUUACAGCAAUUUUUUACUCUACCAUGCUCCAAUCCAGUACUUGGUUUGACCCUUUUUAGGCCAACAACAAACAAAACACACAUAUUUUCACAACAGUUUGAUUCCAGGCAGUACAAGGGAUGCUUUAAAACAAGAUUUUGAUAUUGGAAAA